AUGGAUUGUAGCUAUUAUGGUUUAAUAAUAAUCGGUGGUCAAUCUUUUACUGUAAAUUUUGACACCGGUUCUAGCGAUCUUUGGGUUCCUGCUAUUCAAUGUAAAUUCUUAGAAUGUGGAAUUCAUAAUAGAUUUGAUCCAAAAAAGUCACCUACUUUUGUCCCUGCUCCACAUCCAAAUCGUUUUACAAUAGACUACGGCUAUGAUUCAACUACCAUCAGCGGUUAUAUAGGUCUAGACACUGUUACUCUUGGUGGAAUAACCGUAACAAAUCAAACUUUUGGAUUAGCAAUAGUUGAUGAUCUUAACUUGGUGUUUGAAGAAGAUGGUAUUCUAGGUCUUGCAUUUCCUCAACUUAGCUCAUUUAAAGCUCCUUGUGUUAUUAAAUCAAUGAAAGAUCAAAACAUGAUCGUUCAUUCUAUAGUUGCCUUUCACUUGGGACGAUACAAAUUAGAUCAUAGUGAUAAAAAUUUUAUGAAUAUUGGUGGAAUUGAUCCAAAUGCUUAUGUGGGUGAAAUUGUAUAUAAUAAUAUUCUUGAUAACUUAUUAGGGUCUUGGGGAUACUGGGCGAUUAUGAUGGAUGAUAUUUAUGUCGAUAAAGCUUCAAUGGGUGCUACUAAUUCAUCUGCUAUUAUUGACACUGGCACAGCUAAUCUUUGGGGUGACCCCUCAUGUGUUAAGGAUAUCCAUUAUAACAUCCCCGGUUCUUAUUUUGAUGGCUAUUUAUGGUAUAUUCCUUGUGAUACAAAAACUGUAGUAUCUCUAGUAUUCAAUAGUGUAGCAUAUGAAAUCAAUCCUAUAGAGUUAGUUGUACAAGAAAUAAUGUUAGGUCCAUUAUGUCAAUCUGCCAUCCAGGAAAAUCCGAAGAGUCUUCCGCGUAAAUUUUGGUUAGUUGGCGCUUUCUUUCUCUCGAAUGUUUAUAGUGUUUUUGAUUUUGAUAAUCGUCAAAUUGGAUUUGCUAAAGCUAAAGGUAAUUUUAAAUUGAGUUUUUGA